AUGUCCUCUCCACAUGCUAUGCCCUGGGCCGCGCUUUUGACCUCACAAGAAGACUAUGGGCGAGCCUUGGAUAACUAUAGAUACCCAGCGGCUAUGCAAGCGUUAUCGUAUAAGCAGACAUGGACCGGGCUAGUGAUGGAGAAAGGGUAUACGUUUGAAAGACUGACAAAACUACCUGAUGGAUGGCAUCAUCUAGGCUUUCCUGAUUCCUUCGAAGGCCUUGGGCCGCUGCUGGACUGCGACAUGUCUCAUAAUUUAGGAGGGACAAUGCUAUAUCUCGGUAGCAACGCAGGCGAACAUGCGAUAACCAAAGCAGUCGCCAUUCUAGAUAACCUCCUACAGUGUGCAUUAACCAUCUCUGACCACAAACAUCAUCUCAUCUAUAAUGAGAGCGAGGGCAAAACAAAGUUUGUCUAUAAGUACCUGUCUCAAAUUGGUCUCCUGCAGACCACAUACGCUACCAGCCAGGACAUGAAAACUGAAUACCGGUUGCUAAGAUCGGCCGUGACUAUCAGGACUGCUACGAAGAGGAAAGAUGGCUGGAAAUCUGAUUCGACAAGUUAUCCCUGUAAGGGAGGCAUUGAACCGAAAAAAACCAAGUCAUUUAGCGUAUUUAAUGGCUAUAGGUAUAAGAGCAAAGAAGCCAGUGCCAUCUCAAACCUCUUCAAGAAAGCAGAAGUGCUCAUCCUUCAAGAUCAACAAGCGACACAGCAAGGUCCAAAUGUAGAUCUUUUGACUGCAUGUGAAGGUGGUUCUUCGUCCCCAGGCAUGGGCACAGCUUCUACAGAUGGGAUCUCUCAUACCACGCUUCUAAAGACUACUAUUACAAGCCGUUUUUCGCCUCGAUUCCCCACCCGCCACGCAUCUAAUGACUCUCUCAAGUCAGAGAACCUCAUUUGCUUUGACGAGGAUAUUAAUAUUGACUGCUCUCGGGGACAGCUGUCAAGCAAACAGCAACAAAGCCUCUUAGAUGACUGUGCACCAAUUGAGCUAAUGGAACUUAUACCCCUGUCCUCCACCAGCACAACACUACCGUUAGAGUCUACGCAGAAUGACAAUCAGUCUUUGCCAAGCUCUCAUAUGGCUAGCCCUCUUCCACCUGGAGACUGCAGUAUGGAGAAAACAAUCCAUUCAAGCGGUCGUCCACGCGUGGACACAGAAAUAGCCAGGUCUUUGGAAGAGCGCAUUAAAUCGUUAGCCUCCAUGAUGCAGUUUGCACCUGGUCACGCCACAGUCCGUCUUAAGUUUGGUCGAUUUUACAUAGUAAAUUUUGCUGCCGAACAAGUUGAUGUUACCAGUGACUUCAAUGGCCCAUUCAGUGGCCCAUUUCGGAGAAUGGCCAACCUUCUUGACGAUUUGGAAGAUGCAACACCAUCUGGACACCUUCGGUUCUCUACAGUCCUAUCCACAAUUGGACCAGAUGCCGACGCAAUAGCCGGGACAUCAACACCAAUACCGAUGUGGACAAAGCCAGUUAUCGAGAUUAUACUCCGGGUUACGUGCAACUUCAAAGGGGAGACAUUCUUUGUAGAAAUCAAUGCGGACACAUUCGAUUACACGUGUCAGGGGCCAGUCAUAGAGCUGGGCUCCGUCCUGGUCCACUGCCCUCAACACCCAUGGGACAUUAAAGUGUGCGGAGAUAGUUCCAAGAACUUGGACAUGUCUGUACUUCAUCGAGUUUUUGGCCAGAUUAUUGUGAACUCUCUCCACAUUAAUCCAGUUCCGAAUGGGAUCACGGCCCUUGAGCUUACAGCCAAUGAGAAACUGGGUCUUGUAAUCGAAGGAGUCGCGAUAUGUCAUGUGGCAAAAUAUUCAAGCACCAAUACGAUGGAUAGCAAUCUUUCUGUUGUAAUGACACAGAAGCUGUCGCCAGGUGAUACGCGGGACAAUCGUCGGCAAUGGAGUGUUUUUAAGCGCCAGGGCGACUACAACCCCAAAAUGUGGUUCGAGGCGUACCUAACCUCAUCAAGAAUGGAGAAAAUCAUGCAAGAAAAUUCCGGCUUGUCUAUUGGUGGUAGAUCAUCGUGGAGUUCUGAAGAUCUUUCAUCCCAAGGUCUGUUCUUUAGCCUAUAUGGCCCGGCUCUGAAGAUGAUUGGAAGCCUAGAUAAGAUCGGGCAUUACAAUGACAACGGACAGUCAAAUGACGGUGGGUUGACUUUCGGCAACUCCCUCGCAGAGGAGGAUGCGCGAAAAGGUCCAGUACGGUUUUGGUGA